AUGAGAGGCUCUACCUACUGGGAGAUAUACGAUCUUCUGGUACCGAUACAAUUGACAGUCGUUAGUUUUGCUACCUUCCGGCCUUGGUCGUGGAAAAAUGGACUAACGAUGGGCCUAGUGAUUGUUCAGACGAAGCCCACCGUGCUCCUUACCUCGUCUCGAGUUGACUACUUGAACACGAAACAAAAUUCUGAACAGGAAGAUGGUACUUAUCGAUACCUUCCUUAUCAACUCGACAUACGACCGUCCCAAGAAUUCGGUUAUUCAGCAGCUACGAAUAAGCUGGCCGCACGGGAAGUUGCAGCUGUGCAUGAACAGCGUAUCAAAUUCCUGGUUCCUCAUAGCGGGUUGAUUGAUCCUGAUCAGAUAGACGAUGAGAGCUUGGGCUUCACGUUGCAGGAGGGGAGAUUGUUACACAUGGCUAGCUCAAUCGAUAUGGAGAAUACUGUCACGGUGGGCUGUGCUGGAGCUGUUCUUGCAUAUCUCCAAAGGCGCAGGACUACCGAGUCCAUGACUUCGAUAGGGUCUGUCGACAAUUUUCAGGUUCGCUCUGUCGAGAUGUUCAGCUUGACAGGGACAAUGUUUGUCAAUAAGAGUACCUUACUCUCGCUCCAGAUCACAGAGUCCGAGUCACAUCCCAGUAUGCUCAAUCAAGGGCCAGGGAAGAAGUCCUUUUCCUCAAAAGAAGGUCUCUCGGUGUAUGGCCUGUUCCAGCGCUUUGCCCAUACUCCGCAGGGGAGAAACUUGCUCAGACAGCUGUUCGUACGGCCGAGUGUUGAGAUGGAUACUAUCCGUGACCGACAUGAAUUCAUUACUGUAUAUCUGCGGCAAGACAACUACAAUGCUCUGGACAAACUCGUCAAAAGUCUCAAGCAUAUCAAGAACCUACGCCCGGUGAUGAUCAAUCUGCGGAAAGGUAUCAGUACAGGUAGUGCGAAGAUUACCGGCUUCAAGACAACAGUGUGGGCCACACUACUGGCUUUCGCCUUCUACGGCAUUGAUAUCCAUGACGCACUCAAGGAGACUUCAGGAGGGAACUUGUUGAGCCUACGUACCAGGGCUCUCCGGACCUUGGAAGCAGCUCAGUUAUAUAGGGUUGGACGAAUGAUCCAGGAAAUUGUCGACAUCGAUUGCUCAGAAGACCAAGGUAGGACUGUUGUCAAGCCAGGGCUCGACCGAGAACUCGAUCGCAUGAAGGAUACGUACGAUGGUCUCAACGAUUUAUUAAAAGAAGUCGCGAUAGAGAUUGCAACGGGCAUUCCCGAGAGUCUUGAUAUCGACGUGAACGUGAUCUACUUUCCCCAGCUCGGGUUCAACAUUGCAGUCCCGUUAGAUGAUAAGGGAGAAGCUUCUUACAGCGGCAUUGCGGAUGACUGGGAGCUCAUCUUUAUCACAGAGAAUCGGGCAUACUUCAAGGAUUUCAGGAUGAGGGAGAUGGAUGAGAGCCUUGGGGACAUAUAUGGAUUGAUUUGCGAAAAGGAAAUCGAGAUUGUCUACGACCUUGCGCAAAGGGUGCUACAAUAUGAGGAGGCCCUCAUCGAAGCAUCAGAGAUUUGCGGCCAAAUCGAUAGUCUUCUUGCCAUGGCCCAAGCUUCAAGCUUCUAUAAACUGGUUCGUCCUAGAAUGGUGAAGGAAAAUGUUAUUAAAAUCGAAGGUGGCCGUCAUCUACUGCAGGAGUUGACAAUUUCAUCAUACGUUCCCAACGAUACAUUUCUAGUGGGAGGUCGACUGGAGCCUGGAAGUCCGGCAUCACAGGCAGAUGGUACAGCGUUAUCAGAGGCCACGCAUGAUCCAAGUAUGCUCAUACUGACCGGUCCCAACUAUUCUGGGAAAAGUGUCUAUAUGAAACAGGUUGCUUUGAUCGUCUAUCUCGCGCAAGUCGGAAGUUUCGUCCCAGCAGAAAGGGCCGAGAUUGGCAUUACUGACAAGAUCUUGGUGAAGAUGAAUUCCCAGGAAAGUGUAUCAAAGAUUCAAAGUACAUUCAUGAACGAUCUGCAACAGAUAUCCUUUGAUCUGAGGCAGGUGACAGGGAGAAGCUUGCUCUUGAUUGAUGAGUUCGGUAAAGGGACCAACGAAAGUGACGGCAUAGGCCUUGCUUGCGGUAUACUCGAACAUCUACUGAGUCUCGAGGACGCGCCAAAAGUCAUCGCUGCAACGCAUUUCCACGAGAUAUUCGAAAAUGCAUUUCUCAGAUCACGGCCGCGACUUCAGUUUGGACACAUGGAGGUCCGCCUCUCCGAAGAAUCGCAUCAAAUGGAGGACCAGAUCACAUAUCUCUAUAAUUUCCGUCUUGGACGUAGCAACAAGAGUUUCGGGACAAUUUGUGCGGCAAUGAAUGGGAUCAGCCCGGCGAUUGUUGAUCGCGCGAACGAGCUCGCAGCCCUCUCUGCUCGUGGCGAGAAUCUGGUUGCUGCGUGCACCAUGUUGUCGACUGAAGAAACUCGGGCUCUGGCUGAGGCGGCUUUGCUUGUAGGAUGUGUUAGCGAGGGGUUUUCUAAGCUUGGAUUUAUCGGAGGCGUGCGACUCGGGGAGUUUAAGGGAUAUGCUCCAGAGUCUCUUUGCUAG